AUGUCAUCAGUUUCAGAAACAUCCAAAGUAACAACAGAAACAAAUGAGAAUGAAUUAAGUGCAGAAGAAAGAUCAGUGUUAAUAAAGGAAGUGAUUGAAUUGCAAGAAGGAUUGAAAGCAUUAAUUCAAAAAGUAGAAGCAGUUAAAGAUGAUCAUAAUCAAAUACAAUCAGGGAAUCAAAUACUACAAACUUAUAUAAACAACUUAAUGGCUUCAAAUGUUUUAUCAAAAAUAAUAGUAAUGGGAGUGGAAGCAAUUUAUAUAGUUGAUUAUAAUAAUAUGUUAACAACAAUCAAUCGAACAAGAUGA